GAGGGUAAAAAUUGAAACUUCAAAAGUUACACAGAAAAAUCCCUUCAACCCUUCUUAUAUCACUCGGUGCCGAGUUAGGGUUUCCGUUUCGUCUUCGCCGCAGACUCAGCGACAAUGGUGGCCGCCAAGAAGACCAAGAAGACUCAUGAGAGCAUCAACAACAGGCUCGCUCUCGUGAUGAAGAGCGGCAAGUACACGCUCGGAUACAAGACCGUGCUCAAAACCCUACGCAACUCCAAAGGUAAGUUGAUCCUGAUCUCGAACAAUUGCCCGCCUUUGAGGAAAUCGGAGAUUGAAUACUAUGCGAUGCUCGCGAAGAUCGGAGUUCACCAUUACAACGGAAACAAUGUCGACUUGGGAACUGCUUGUGGGAAGUACUUCCGUGUUUCAUGCCUCAGCAUUGUUGAUCCUGGUGACUCGGACAUCAUCAAAUCAUUGCCCGGUGAUCGCUAGUUUUAAUUAUUUACAUGACAUUCUGGAUCCCUUGUAUCAUUUUCUAUAUUUUAUACGUUGACAUUCAUCUUCAACAAUUUUCUAUGCUGUGUUAUGGUCCAGCUUGAUCAUGACAUUACUGGUUUUUGACAGUCAUAUGAAAUCUAAUUCCCUAUUUUUGUUCA